UUUUUAUUAUUCUAGAAUGAAAUUCGCGGACAUUAAAAAGUUUUGGGAAACUCGUUUAUGUAACGUGACGUCAUUAGUGUCUGCAUCUACGUCAUCACCCGUCACACGUGAUGCUCCUGGUGUGACGUCACAAUCUAUAUUAAACGAUAAAAAGAAGAAUGCACAUGACGCCACACAAUCGAUGGAAGAGGAAGUGACGUUUGUUGAAUCACAAAGCAAGUUAGAGAAGCCGGUGGUGGAUUGUUUACCUCAGUUACGUCAUAAUGAGUUAGAAAAGAAUGUUUGUCAAGAUAUGAAACGUCAUAAUGGUAGGGGUGGGGUUAGGGGAUCGCCCUCAGCCCCAGCUUCGUUGAAUUGCUCCCCUUUAAGGGGUGGGGCAAGGGGAAGCCCCUCUUCUAAUACAAAGUUCAUAGACAUCCACAACUUUUGGAAAGUUCGUGAGAAAAAGUUGGUUCGCCAAUCUGUGGAAAAACGCAGAUGCUUCGGUUGUGGUUGUUUCCUCAACAAUCGAUAUUAUGAACAUGGAGAUGCUUUGUAUUGUGAGGAUGAUUAUUGGAAAAAGUUCGGACAUAAAUGUAAAGAUUGUGAUGUCAUAAUCACUGGACCAAUUAUGAUAGCCGGUGUUUAUCGUUUCCAUCCUGAAUGUUUUAAAUGUCGGGUGUGUAUGUCCUUUAUAUCCGAUGGGGACCUCUAUGGAUUGGUUUGCUCCCCAAAUAAGUUCCACAUAUUCUGCCAUGUUUGCUACAAGCACUUAGGGGAAACCCCAAACAUCACCAUGGCAACCAUGGAUGUCAUCCUCGUCGUUAACUUUCUUCCAUUAAUGUCCGACAACCGCAUUUCUAUUGGUGUUUCCCCUGAUAAGAUACCAACAGCCAGUGGGUUUGGGAUUUCUGUGAAAGAUAUUUUCGCAUUGAACGAAGACAAUGGACAAGUGGUUUGUGGUGUUGAAGGGGAUUCCCCGUUACAGAUAAACGACAAAUUGUUGCAAAUCAACGGAUUACGAGUCGACCAUAACGCACUCAAUCUAAUUGAACGAUUAUCGGACCGGGGAAUUCCCCUUCAAAUGACAGUUCAGCGAAAGGUCAACCUACCGAUUGGGGAAUCCCCACAAUCGAGAGUCAUCGUCAGGCAACCACUGUUACCCCAACAACCAGAAGCUCCCAUGUCUACUUGCCCCCCAACACAGCCCACAACCCAACCACCCACCAACUACUGUUGCCGAACACAAACUUUUCACACUGGUUCAAACAUGAAGGGUAUUGAUGUGGGGGAAUUCCUGGACCCCCCAACUUUUGAUGAAAACCAAAAUGAUGAAACGAUGUUUAGGAGCAGAAGUUCUUCAUCAUCUUCAGGUUCAUCAUCGGGAACAUUGGUUGAUUUUCCCUCUCACUCCUCCUUCUCCCACUCCUCCUCCUCCGAUGAAGACCUCCCGCAAACCCCCCUCGCCUCCCGUUCCAUGCGAGGAGGGUUCAAGAGGAAACCGUCUUCUUCUACACCGGAGUCUUUAGAUAUUGAGCCCCCGAGCCCCAUGCUUUCACCCACCUUACCCCAAUCCCCCACAACUAUGUUACCCCCCCGCCCUCCACCGACCAGGAGGAGCAACUCCCUCCGUAAUGGAACCUCCGUUAUAAUGAGGAAGGAAUCUCCUCGUAACAAAGCUUCUGAAGAUGACAUCACAUACAAACAAUACCCUCGCUGUUUGACCUCUGACCUCAACCGUUCCGAGUCGAUGAGGGUCGCGACCCCAAGUUCAGCGCAGCGAGUGUUCCGACCCUGUGACCUCAUACUGGGUGAGGUGUUGGGUCAAGGGUUCUUCGGGCGAGCCAUCAAAGUAACCCACCGAGACUCUGGGGAGGUGAUGGUGCUGAAGGUUCUCAAUUCACUCGAUGAAGAUGUUGAGAAAUCUUUCUUGAAGGAGGUGAAAGUUUUGCGCAAUCUCAACCACCCAAACGUGCUUCGUUUCAUCGGGGUGUUGUACCAGAACAAACGACUGAAUAUUAUAACGGAGUUUGUGGAGUGUGGGACAUUGAAAGACGUUAUAUCAAACAUGGAUGAACCGUUACCGUGGCAACAUCGAACGCGUAUAGCUCGUGACAUCGCAUCGGGGAUGGCUUAUCUCCACUCGAUGCAGGUCAUUCAUAGAGAUCUUAAUUCUGGCAAUUGUUUCAUGAAGGAGGAUGGAACGGCAGUUGUUGCCGACUUUGGUCUGGCACGAGUUUUACCGAAGUCAACAUCGUUGGGGAGGAGGAAACGAUACACAGUGGUUGGAACGCCUUACUGGAUGGCACCCGAGAUGGUGUUUAGCACUUAUUAUGAUGAAAGGGUGGAUGUUUUCUCAUAUAGUAUAGUCCUAUGCGAGGUUAUUGGACGAGUGGAAGCCGACCCGGAUUUUCUUCCCCGCAAUCACGACUUUGGUCUCGCUGUCGUUUCAUUUCAUUCCAAGUUUUGCACCGAGUGUCCCCCCUUCCUAUUCGCCCUCGCUGCAAGAUCGAGCUCCCUCAACCCAGAUGAAAGACCAUCAUUCCAAACCUUAGAGACUUGGUUGGAGAUGUUGACGAUCCGUGAAGAUCUUCCCCAUCUCCCCGAACCUCCCAAUCUAAGAUCUCUCGUGCAAUCCGUGUACAACAAAUAUGAACUUCAUCUACCAGACAAUUUAUAUGAGCCUAUUGUUACAGAUAUGUUUGAUUGAUUAUUUGCACCUGAUAUCAUUCCAACGUACUUUGCCAACCGUUGCACAUUGCUACCAUAACGACCGAUCAGUAUUAAAGUUGCAAUCAUGAGUUUUAUCAAAACAUUUUGUUUUUAAUAUAAACUGACCCCCC